UGGCAGAGUGCGUCAGUAUUAAAACUGGGUGGAUGCUUACAAAGUUGUGAGAAGGACAUGUAGGAUACAAAUCCAUUUUGUCUUUGUGAUAAAGGCAGCUGGAUCUUUGCAUUGCAAUGCAAAUAUCAUUCCUCUGGCACAGCUGCAUCAUGUAUCAUUUAGCGUUGGUUGUUUGCCUGCUGUCUCUCUUCUCUGUGCUGACUGUAGACUCCUCAAACAAGAAGGGACGCAACUUCACCAUCCAUUCAUCUCAGCUCAGCUGCAGCUUGCCAGGCCCUCAGGGCCCUCCAGGGAGUCCAGGUGCUUCAGGUCCCUGUGGCAAGGUAGGCAAGAUGGGCAUGCCAGGUAUCGAUGGUGAGGAUGGCAAGGAUGGUGAUAGGGGAGAGAAGGGAGAGAAAGGUGAACAGGGUCGUCCUGGGAAUCCUGGUAAACAUGGACUAAAAGGGCGCCCAGGACUUGUUGGGAAGUCAGGGCCAAGGGGCCUGAAGGGGGUGCGAGGGGCACCUGGUAUGUCUGGAGCUAAGGGGAUAAAAGGGGAAAUGGGCGAUGGUGGGGAGACCGGUGCCCCUGGAGGCUGUGAUUGUGGAAAAGAGGCACGAUCGGCUUUCUCAGUAGCAGUAACCAAGAGCUAUCCCAAGGAGCGCAUGCCCAUCCGCUUUAACCGCAUUUUAAUGAAUGAGGGUGAGCACUACAAUGCCACUACUGGCAAGUUUAACUGUGCGAUCCCUGGUGUGUAUUACUUCACAUAUGACAUCACAUUGGCUAACAAGCAUCUGGCAAUCGGGCUUGUCCACAACGGCCAGUAUAAGAUCAGAACAUUUGAUGCCAACACAGGGAACCAUGACGUGGCCUCGGGUUCAACAGUACUUCGACUAGAGAAAGGAGAUCAGGUCUGGCUUCAGAUCUUCUAUUCUGAACAAAAUGGACUAUUCUUUGAUCCAUUCUGGACUGACAGUCUUUUCACAGGAUUUCUCAUUUAUGCUGAUCAGGUUGCCCUAAAUGCGGUGGAUGUGACCAAUUCUGGAUCUUCCUGAUCAGUUUAUUUGUUUCACACACAAAAAGAAAUAAAUAUUUUAGCCUUUUUCUUUUUCUUUCUAAGAUAUAAGCAUUUAAAUUUUCAUAACAAAAUUCCAUCAGAUUGAACUGUGUAAUGUUUAACUAAAUUAAUAAAAUGAAUAAAACUUAGAAUAUUUAGGCUUUUUUAAUUUUAUUUUAUUAAAGAGUUAUUAAUUCAAUUUGAUGGAAUUUUGUUAUGAAAUUGUAAUGCAUAAAUCAUAAUAUAUAUAUAUAUAUAAUUUUUUUUUUUUUUUUUUUUUUUUUUUUUUUGAGUGCAUAAACAGUCUUUUCCUUUAUAACCCAGUGUUUCCAGCAGUUUUGGGAAAGCUACUAUGAAACUGUAGCUUACCAAGCUACACUGCAAAUCCUAAUAAGUUAGCAAAACUCAAAAAAUGUGAGGCUUUCAAAAAAUCAGUUCUUUCAAAUCUUUUAAUUUAAUAAACACCCAAGUUUAAGUUGACUUGACAUAUGAAGCUAACUCGUACAUUUUAUUUUCACUUAAUUUUAAAUUGACUCUUUGACUGAACUUAAAUUACCAUGUAAUCUCCACUUAAAAUCUCCAAGAGAAGAAUCUUACUUGCUAGAACUAGCUAAUACAGUGAAUGCUAGCAUGCUAAGUGCAUGCUGAGUGGAAACACUAAGCUUUGAUUAACAUAGCAGUGAGUUAAAAAAUAUUGCUUUGAACAAUCUUAAAUAUAAAACUGUCUCAACUCUAUUAUUCACCAUAAUGGAAACCCCCAAAAACUUUAACCCAACAGAAACUCUUCUAAAAAAAAAACACACAACAAACCAUUAAACACUAACAAAUCUCCCCCAUUACAUUCAGCUUGCACAAAGACACUUUACAUAACACUUAUUUACCCUCCCUGUCAAGUGUCAUGCAAAGCAUACUGGGAAAUAGAAAUCCCAGUAAAGUUCCUGUAAAUUAAAAAAGUAAAGUUAAUUAAAUUCAAAACAAUAAAGUGUUUUAGGUUACUUGUGUUAGUUUUUGUGAACUCAAAAGAAAGAGAAAGUUCUAAAUACUCAUCAAGAUUUAAUUCAUUUGAACUAAUUUGAAUGAUCUAACUUUCCCCUACUCAAAACAAUUAAUUAUUUUGAGCAUUAUGGUUUACAGUGUACACAACUUCAAAUAAACUACAGUCAAUUAAGCUACUCUUUUAAAAAAGUAGAAAGCUACACUACAGGCUAUUAAGAAAAAGUAGUUAACUACACAGACUAUUUAAAGAAUAAAUAUUUUUGGAUAUCUAACAAUGGGGAAUAGUUCUGAUUGCAGAAUUCAAUAAUAUCAUCUGAUAAUGAUGAUAUUAAUAUAUUAUUAAAGUAAUUUAUCUAUAAUAAUAUAGUGAUAUCAACCUGCAAGUCACUAUUUUUAUUUUUACAUUUGAAUUAUUUUCACAUAAAUACAAGACCUAGAGCCACGUCAUCAUCUACAUUGUUUUUGCAUUAUUAUUAUUUUAUCUUAGAAAAAGACUAUGAAUCAUUAUGUCACUCCAUUAAUAACAAGAAGGAAUUUAAAAGCAAUUUGUGGUUUAGACUUGUUAUUUAUUAGCCCCUUGCAGGAGACUGCAGUUUUUUUGGCAUAUUUGAAGAUGGUAUUGUGAUCAGAUCAACUGAAGUGUUUCAGAGGACAGCAGUAGUUCAGUCAAAUCUGACAAUACUAACCUCAACUGUGUAGUUCAGUUGUCUAUAAUACUGCAGUUGAUCCCUGUCAGCAACUGUGUUGAGUGAAUACUUAUAUGUCAGUUUCAACAUUACCCCUAAUUAAACAUUAUAAUC